GAUGAAACGAGUGAUCACGUGGCUAUAUGUCUUCCGGGUCUGUACUGCGGGUGAGUACGAAUGAGGCGAGUAGAAUGAUCUCCAGCAAUGGCACUAGGAAGAAAGUCUGCAGGCGGCAGCAGCAGCAAGUAGCAUACAUGGCACCCUGUGAUGCCGACACACUGACUGAGAUUGAAAGACUAUUUAGUAAAUUUAGAACCUAUGUCAAACCAUCCAAUGAGGAGUGGUGCAGCCCUAAUGCAAAUGUCGCCCUCAGACAACACGAAAAAGUAAAAAAUGUCCGCCUCCAGGCCCUGAAGGUGUCUCUCAACGCUGUGAAGAACCAACUCAGUGACAAAAACAUCGAAGUGUGGCAUCAGCACACCAAUUCCACUAACCGGGCCGGGAAAGUCAUCGCCACGGUGCGCUCUGCCGCCAACGUGGAAAUCUGCACUCAGGCAUGGUGCAAGUUCUACGAGAUCCUGGGAACGUUCAGUCUUCUUCCUGAAGAGGCACUCCUCUCUGGGGAGCUUAACACGGUUCACCUGUGCGAAGCGCCCGGGGCUUUUAUCAGCGCGCUGAACCACUACGUCAAAACCAGCGAGCGCACGCGCUACUGCGACUGGAGCUGGGCGGCCAACACACUCAACCCGUACAAUGAGGCCAACGCUGGGGCCAUCGCGGAUGAUCGCUUAAUCGCCAAUACUCUGCCUUGGUGGUUUUUUGGGUCAGACAACACCGGUGACAUCAUGCUCCAAAAGCACCUGCUGGAGCUGCAGACAUUUGUGGCCAACAUGCGGAGAGUGGAUGUAGUGACGGCAGACGGAAGUUUCGACUGUCAGGAGAACCCCGACGAGCAGGAGGCACUGGUGGCACCUCUGCAUUACUGCGAGGUGACUGCCGCUCUGCUGCUCCUGAGCCCCGGCGGCUCCUUCGUACUCAAAAUGUUCACGCUGUACGAACACUCCUCUGUCUGUUUACUCUACCUGCUCAACUGCUGCUUCCGCUCCGUCAGCGUCUUCAAACCUGCCACCAGCAAGGCCGGGAAUUCCGAGGUUUACAUCGUUUGCCUCGACUACGACCGCAAGGAGGCCGAGAGGCCUCUCCUCUCCAAACUAAUUCGGAAUUACGGACCACAUCUGGCGGCAAGAGAGACACUUUUCCCAGAAUCCUCAAUCCCGCAGUCAUUUCUCACACAGCAUGAAGAAAUGUGCAUGUACUUUCACACUCUGCAGGUGGAGACAAUCACUGAAAACUUGAGGUUGUUUAAAGGAAUGACUGAUGAACAGAGGGAGAGACUCGACUACAUCAGGGAUUGUACGGCUCAGGAGUACCUGCGACGUUUCCAGGUUACAUUCCUCCCUCGGAGUCGAUGGAUUUCUCGUAACGCCGUCAGCCCCGCCUGUUCCCGUGUCUCGGCGGGCCAGCCCGCGGGACCCAAGAAGCAAGCGGCGGGAUCCUUCAACGAGCGCAGGGAAUUGCAGAGCCUGAGCUGGAAGGAACGUGUGGAGAGGGGUCACUAUGCCGACUUGAUAAAACGGCAUCGUUGCGAGACUGAUGGGACCGGCAGCGUGCUGCAAGGACCUCUGUCAAGCUGUCAUGUGGAUUCCUGGUAUGUUAUUGUUGGGGCAGCGAUACCUGAGGUUAGAAACUCUCCAUUCUGCUCAGGGAUCUUGUUAAACUAUGUGACAGAAACACAGGCAGCAUUAGCCGAGAAAGACUUAUCUCAAGUGCUUCCGUGUGACUCCUGCCACGUGAGUAGCGCCGCCUCCAUUUUGUCAGACGUGGUAGCGCUUUGCAUUGAUCAUAACGGGACAAAGGGGAAAAAGCACUGUAUGGUGUUAGGUAGUCGCACAGAGUGGGCUAUCCCCACGCUGCAAAUUGAAGAGCUACUUCUCACGUUUCCUUCGGAGACGUCAUAUCCUCAAGGAGGUCUAAGUACGAUGUACGACGCGGCGCCGGCGUACCAGCAUCGACUCGUCAGCUGCGUCGCGUCCUCCCUACGGAAUUUGAUCUCUGGGGAUGCGCUGUUACUGCCCGUGCCGGCCGCGCUUACUCGUGUCUCAGCGGCUAUCGUACUUUGCUUGCACGCUUGUUUUCGCUCAAUGGAGUUCAGGUGCCCGCCACCUUCAGGCGGCUUUGGGGCGUUGCUGGUAUGCGCUGGCUUUUGCCCCCAAGCUGCGGCCAGAAUCCUUCCAGCCCUGGCAGAAGUCCACAACUGUAUUGGUGAACUGUUAAAAGAAGAGGACGCAUGUAAAUUUCACUCAGUUUGUGACAGGCAGGUGCUUCAAUUCGUGCCCAUGGAGGAAUUGCUCAAUGGAGGAUUGACUGACUUCUUGCGGACCAUGAACUCGGAAAUCAUGCGACACACGUUGCAUGUGCUCAUGCAGGUGUAGAGAAAGCAAGACAAUGACAGCUCACACUUUAAUAAGCAUUGUUUCAUUUUUAUUUGGAGUUUGUUUUUUAAUUAAGCAUUUAUAUUGAUUUGCAUUUUUUUAAAAGAAUUUUUGGGGUUGCGUUUGCUAUAGUGAUGCUACGUUCCCAAUUGGUUUAUUUCAUUUUACACAAUCCUUGACAGCAGCAAUAACUGCAAUAAUGAUUGUGAAGUGACAUUGUGCCAUCAUUUUUAAUUGGUAAUUCUGUACCCACAUUUUACAAAAUGUACCUACAGUUUACUAAUCUUUAUUUACAGAUUACAAAACCAUAGGUACAGAUUACCCUUGAAAAUGAUUUUUCUCUACCCUUGCACCAGGUGGGCUCUCUAGAGACACAGUAAGAUAAAACAAUAACCAUAUUGCUUUGUUGUAAUUACAUGUUCAGAGAUAAAUGUGCAAAGACUGACUAAUUACAGUGCUGUAUGUACAGUAUUACCCAGCAGUGGUUUGAAACUGUAUUCAACUGAUUUGCACAAUUUGUUUCCAGAUUUAAUCCCCCCCGGGUGUGUGGCUAAAAUGACGGCUCGUGUCAUAAACGGGUGUACAGUAUGGCUCCUUUCCUGUCCAGUAGUUGUACCUCAUUUUCAAAAUACUUUUUCCAAACAGAUAAUUAUUAAAAUACUUUUGUUAAGUAUAUCUGUGUUAAAAAGCAUUUAUUGUAACUGCAUUGUCACCUUGACCCUUUUAUACAAACCAACGCAUUUUGCCAUACAAGCAUUUGUCAUGAGUCGAUACGAAAAGAGGCUUUUUAAUUUUUCAAAGGGUGCACCUUGUAGUUUCCCAAGUUUUGCUUUCAUUAAGUUUUGUUUUAUUUAUGUUUUCCAAGAGCUUCUCCAUGUCCCAAAAAAAUAAACGUGACAUCCAUACAUCAAAUCCCUUGCUCUCAGUAGAACUCAUGCUUAGCUGUAUUCACUAGGGGUUUUUAGGGGAGAUUUAAACAAACAAAAAAAAAGCCCAUUGCUGAGCCUCCUGUCAGUCACAGAUGGUUAGUGAGGCACUAAGGCCUUCCCUGGAGGGCCUGUUGUCUUCAGUAAUGCAUUAUUUUGUCCCAGGAUGUGCUUAUUAGGGCCCG